GUGAAUGCACGUGAUAGUAAAACUGGCUCCUUACUAAUGAGAAUCAGGUCAUUUUGUUGUCGACAGCUGGACGAAUCAAAAGUCUCUUCAUAUCGAUAUGGAUUGACGACACGGAAGUUGCAACUAGUGAAACCAAAUAAACAGUAUUGCAUCCGUACUCUCAAUCGCAGUCAAUUGAGUAGUCGUUCUUCAAUUGAUGCUAUCAAUCAAUGUGCAACGUCAAAAUUGGAAUCGUUAAGAUUGCUAUAUGAAAUCUACUUUCUCACAUGACUUUCAACGCUUC